ACAAUGUCUAGCAAGGAAAAAGGAAAGUUUGAAGAAAUGGCUAAAGGAGACAAAGCUCGUUAUGACAGGGAGAUGAAAAACUAUGUUCCUCCCAAAGGCGAGAAGAAGGGAAAGAAAAAGGACCCCAAUGCUCCUAAAAGACCACCAUCUGCGUUCUUCCUUUUCUGUUCUGAACACCGUCCAAAAAUCAAAAAUGAUCAUCCUGGCUUGUCUAUUGGAGAUACAGCAAAGAAAUUAGGAGAAAUGUGGUCUGAACAGUCAGCCAAAGAUAAACAGCCAUAUGAACAGAAGGCUGCAAAACUAAAGGAGAAAUAUGAAAAGGAUAUUGCAGCAUAUCGUGCCAAGAGCAAGAGUGACGCAGGAAAAAAGGGCCCAGGUAGGCCUGCAGGAUCUAAGAAGAAAGCAGAACCAGAAGAGGAGGAAGAGGAGGAAGAAGAUGAUGAAGAAGAGGAAGAAGAUGAGGAUGAGGAAUAAGUGAAUGUCCUGCUGUAAAGAUUUAUGCUCAAAAUCCAAUAUUUUGCUAAGAAUGUGAACUCAAGUGCAGCUCAUUGUUAGCUUCAGUAUAAAAAUCUGUACAGAAUUGUGUAUAGGUAAUGUGGUUCUUUGUAGGGAGACCUCUAUUUUUAAUGUAAGUAGUAGCCAAGGGCUGCUACAGUUCGGUUUAAAAAGAAGAAAAAGUUGUGGAAUGUUUCUGCAUAUUUAAUGGUUUUGUUGAAAUUCAGUGACUGAUAGCCAGGUGUUUCUUUAUAGCUAAGUGAAACAAAGGAGGUAGCUUAAUAGCUGAUCUUAUAUUUUGUAGUAUAUUGCAUUGUAUUACUUUUUUAACAAUUUUGUAAUAAAAUGAUGUACAU